AUGGCUGAUGGUGGUGGAAAAGAUAAGAAAAAAGGUCGUGAACCUAAAAAUCAAGUCCAUCAAGAAGCAAUUCUCGUCGAAACAAUUCGUAAAGAAUUAGCUCAACAAAAACUUUUUACGAAUUAUUCUGUUAAUCCAUUCAAGAAAUCUGAAGCAUUAACACCUAAACCAAAUGUUUAUCCAGAUGAAAAUGCAGGCGAAGAUACAUCAUUCAUUGAUAUUAUACAUCGAGCUAAUCUUGAACCAGAAAAAAAAUAUAAACAACCACAAACAACAAACCAAGAAAUUGGAUGGUUUCAUGAACCAUUAUUAAAAGUCAAUCGUGCUGAUAUUCGUCUUAAUUUUCCAAUGAUUAAAUCCGAAAUUUCUGCAUAUGCUGAAGAAUAUUUUAAAUUUAAACCAAAAAAAUAUGACAAAAGCAUUCGUGCACCUGGCGAAGAUUCAAAAAAAAAAUAA